AUGCAUGCAGAGCGGGAGGUGAUAACGUUGGCCUUUGGUAACUACAGCUCUCUCGUGGCGGCACAGUGGGCCAACGGUACUUCGCACUACGAUGUCCAUCACACCACCCUCUACUCCGAGUGCCGCAGCGCGAACGUGUUAGGCGGAAGCAGCAGCGGAAAUGGGUGUGUCCAGGUGCCGCGUCUUCUGUUGCUCGACGCCCCUUACGCGAGCACUUUCGACGACGUCGAUGCCUGGGCGCACAAAUACAGAGAGGAGGCCGAAAGCGACGACGGUGGCGACGCCGCGUACAGCCCCUCCGCAGCCUCGUCGUCGCCUGGGUUCCGAAGAAAGGCCUCAUCGCCCUCGUCUUAUGGAGGUCUCCGGGACAGCGCCGAAGAAGAGGACCAUCGCCUCGCACGCGUGGCUAAAGCCGUGCAGCGUCGCGUCUUUGAGCAGCAUGGCCUCGACCACGGCGAUGACGUUGGGGAUGUGGUCGAUGUGCAGGACGACGAUGACGAAGAUGAAGAUGCACACUUGCUCUACGCAGAGGAGCAAGGCGACGUGUACAACAAUGCUGACUGGCACAGCAGCGCUAUCGCGACCCACCGUCGAGCGCAACGUCAAGCCUGCUUAAAGCGGAAGCUCUUCGAUGAGCAAAACACUGCGACCCCGUGGUGGCAGUACAUUACCACCGGCCUCGGGCCCGACAGUGUCACCUCCGUCAAACCACUCCAGCACAUCGAUCCAGCAGGUGAUCUGCCAGCGCUGCACAGCUUCGGGUACGGCCUCGCUUACCUCCGGGACGGUGGUAGAUCCAGCGAGGUGGCAGAUUUUAACGACGCUCUGCGCCGCAAGCUCGAGGCAGCUGAUCAGUUACAAGGCGUGCAGUGCUUCAUCGACGGUGACGGCCUCUUCGGUGGGGCAGCCGCAAACGUGCUCGAACAGCUGUGGGAGGAGGCGGGUCCCAAGACGCCGAUUGUUCAGGCGUGUGCUUUUGCCCGUCUGCCGAUGUUUGUGGCCAAUCCAGACUACCGCGCUGAGGUCGCGUUCCGCGAGCGCCGCAUGGACGAAGUUGCACUGAACCAGCUGCUAGCCACACUACGCCUCUCACGCCACACAUCAGCGGUGUACAUCCCAGUGCCUCUGUCGGACUGGGAUGUCUUGUUCAAGGGCGCCGCAACCGCCGCGUCGCCGACUGAGGCACCGCAGUGGUUGCAUGACGAGCGAGCGACAGCGCAGCUGCUGGCGGCUGUCGUGGACACGGCUCUCUACGGACUCCGCGACGGUAGCUGUACGAGCGGGGCCUCGUCACAGGGCCCGCAGUGGUACAUGGAUGAGUGGUGCCGUGUGGUGCGGCCAGCGCCGUCGCUGCGGGUGGCGGCUGCGAUGGGGGCUCUGCCGCAGCCCGUAUCGGCCUCGUCGGAGCUGUGGGAGUUCUUGCAGGCAAACCCGCUCCUGCCCGACGCGCCGCAGCUCGACGAACACGUGGAUCGUGCAAAAGACAGCGCAGAGGACGACGCCAGCUCUGGGCAGACGCGGCUGCAAGCGAAGUAUUUUCCUCUGACACACAGCAUGUCGACCUACUCGCCUGCCCAGACGGCCGGCCAAGUCCUUGGUCAUGCGGUCAGUCUGCGCGGUGCCGGAUGCCUUCCGGCGACACUGUACCCAGCGCGUGAGGCGAUGCUGCGCUACGCCCUCCCUCUUCGCACUUCCACCUACCUGCCGUUCCUGACAAGGGUAGGCUACCCCAUUUCCGACACCUUUCCAGCGGAGCUCCUUUUUGCCGAUCCCGCCGCGACGGCGAAGGCGCUGGGUGGUGCUGCUGGGAACGGUGGCUGUGCUAGUGCCGCCUCGCUGCGCAGUGUUCUGCAGAGUGUAGAUGUCGGGGCCCAUGUGCUGAGCACGUACACCACGGCGUCAAUGCUGCGCGACAUCAACGCCAAGGCGCAGGCAGCGCUGCGUUACAAGAUGGACCGCUACUGCGACGCGUACGUAAUGGAGAGGGACGACUGGCGUGAGGCGCUGGACGAGGGACUGGCGCUCUUCGAUGACUACAACCACGUGCCGCCGUCAGACGACGAAGACGGCGGCAGCAGCGACGGGGAUAACUACUAG